AAUUAAUUUAGUUAAAUUAUUUAAUGAUAAUAAUGAUGAUCCAAAAAUAAUUGAUACUGUUAAGGAAGUAGAGAUAAAAGCGGGAAUUAAAGAACCAAUACAAAAUACAGUAGAUAUCAAUAGUGUGGACUGUGCAUCUUCUUCCAGUAUGAGUUACGCAAAAAAUAAAUUUUUUGCAGCGACUAACUGUAACGCAGCUUUUAGUAAGCCAUUUUUAGGUAAGGACACGCAAAAAUGCGACGAUACAGUACUUUUGCAUACAUUAGGUGUACCGCAAAAAGAAGAUUCGGGAACUGAAAGUGGCGAGGAUUUACGUUUAUUAUGCAAUCACUUGCAAAUUACAAAUAAUUCCAAUAUCAUUGACGAUGUCACAUCGGCUUUGAAGCGCCUUGAGCGUUACCUUAAUGACGGUAGCGAUAUAACAGCAGUCGACUCAGAAAAGCGUAGAGUAUUAUUGGCUUUAGUCUCGCGUCUACAGGCGGCGCUUAAAUCGCCCGAGAAGUUAGCUGAAAUCGCAGCCGCAAUGUCAGAAAUAGACGAUGCUAACAAAAUCGUGUACGGCGAGACAUCUUCACCAGAGGCUGACAGUCAUCGAUCAAACAACAAGCAUCGGCUAGGUAAACGUCGUGGCCGUGCUAAUCGUCAUACAAUUGGUGUAACACGCGAAGAAUUGGCCGAUGCUAGACGUUAUAUGCUCGAUAUGGAAACAAUGGAAAGUUUCUCACCUGGUAUCGACGUUAGUACUGACGCACAAUAUCAGUGCUUCUCGGCUCCUAGAAAACUAUCUUACGAUGGUGCAAUGAAUGAGCAAAACGCAACGAAUUAUUCAAUUUUAUCUCAAUGCAAAACGAACAACGUUGAGAAUGCUCCCAAACCAAAUUGGAUAAAUCAUAAUAAAUUGUAUACUUAUCCAGCAGCGAAUACAUCUGAGACGUCGCAACCGAUUUCGGGCAAUUAUUUACUUAAUAUAAAUAAAAAUCGUUCGGAAAGAGUUGUUAAACAGACAUCUUGGCCUCCGGAGGAUAGUCAAGAGAUGAACUCUUAUGAAAAUUCACCUGUGAAAUCUGUGCGCUUUUCAAACAAAAAAUAUUUAAUGAAACGUGCAAAUACAAUCGACAUACCAAAGGUGAAAAAACAUUCAAACGGGGAAUACUAUGACUCCGAGGACGAUGACAAAAGUAGAUUUAUUGGCCUUAAGCGUACUAUACAGGUGGAUAUUAAGAAACCUGUAGGCAAUGUCGUACCACCUUUUGAGCCAAAAACUGAAAAUGAUCGCAAAUUUCUAUCAUUUAUUAAUAAACACAGCGAUCGGCCAAGCUUGAGUUGGAAUAGUUCCCGUCCGGUGUCCAAUUGGAGCAAUAAAUUUGGUUCAUUAAAACACACUUUUGAAGUAGGUGCAACCGCUACUGCCACGGCCAAUAAACCCCCGCAAGCCCCUGGACAUGUGUCUAAUAAAAAUCAUUGGAAUAAAUAUACGAGUAAUCAUGAGAUUAACCAAACACAACCAAUUUUCGCAGAAACUAGAAGAAGACUCGAUCAAAAACGAUUGGAUAUGCAGAGCCGAGAAAGGGAUGCUAUGCAUCCCGUUCUCAAACCGAUUGCAAUGAUUAAUCAAUUUAAACAUGCACCGAACUCUGGAUUUAAGCAUGUGGACAGCACAGAGUUCAAAAAGACAUCAACUUACAACCCUGACCCGCAGUUGACUACCAAUGGUAAUGUGAAUACAUGGAAAUCUCCACCACCGCGAUCAGAGAAUUAUAGUACGUUUUCGCCUCCGCUAUCAUUAGAAUUUAACGCCCCUAAAAUUGUCUACUCGAAUCCAGAUUUUUAUGCGAAGCGAAACAUGUUAGAGGAACGAUCAAUAAACGAUGGCGUUUCCCAAAUACAAAGGCACAAUUCUUUGCGUUCAUCGAAUUUGAAUAAAUUGCAACUUGACGAAAAGAAGAAACGACCAUCUUUGCCUAAUACUGGCGACCCAUUUGCCGGUCAACAUAUACCAUCGUUACAAAAUAUACAGCAAAAUGUAUCCAAUUUUUCUAGUAUGCCAGCUACAAAAAAUAUUUCUCUUCCUUAUGGCAGUCUUUCAACGAACACUUAUGCUAGUCAACCAUGUUUAUCGGCUGCUGUAGAAAACGAUAUGAGUGACACUUUGAAUCGAUUUCGUGAAGACUCCCUUACUAAUCCGAAAGCUAUUCCAUUGAUUUUAACCCUUGACAAUCCUUUAUAUUGCCCGGAUAUGACUGCCGCAGACUUAAACGUGAAUAGUCGUGCGAGUAAAUCCUUGCAAAACAACGAAUUGACGCAUAACGUUCAAACGUCAGAUAACCCAAGGACAAGUACUCAUUUGACCGAAUAUCAUGCUAUAUCUAAAGUGAUGGGGAAACCGCAAUGUCAGACAGCUGUCACGAUCGGGAAACGAACCGCUUAUAGGAACGAUGAAGAGAUGUUUAAUAAGAAUUCUGAUUCUGCUAAAAAUCUCCUAACUACUAUGAAAAACAUCGCCAAAAGUAACGGCGAGUCAAAGCAAUUUAAAGGUAUUGUAUUUUCACCAAAAGUGGAAAUUCAUCAGGACGAUGAUUCCGCUUACUCGGAGGCGAACGGUGUUAAUUCCGAGGAUAACAGGAAUUCUUCGCUUCAUCACGAUCAACAUAUAUCAAAGUUAACAUCUACGUCUGGGCAGACCAUGGAUUCGUUCGAACCGCAGAGCAUGGUUAGUCGGACGGGGCCAAGCAUUUCUUAUCGGUAUGAACAAGGGAAUCAAACGGAUAAAUCUUCUUUAACAUCUGAUGUGAAUUGCGACACGUCCUACGUAGUAUACAAUAAUGUUUCUGCACCAAAUACUAGUUGGGUUUCGAAAUCGUCCAUUAUCGAUGAGAAUAAAACGUUUAGAGAUAACGGUGAUAUGCUCAAGAAUGUGAAACAGAGCGACAAACAGCAAAUCAUUAAUUAUGAAAAUUCUUUGAAUACAUCGCAAUCUCAAUUGAAGAGGGCAACACCACAUUAUACGGCCACAUCAACGGUCAAUCAAUCAAAAAUCCCUUAUCAAUCGGUCCAACCAGUUCUCGCCAAUCACUUAUCUCACUUCACUAAGUCCAAUAUACCUGCUGAACUGCAAAAAGGGCAGGAACAUAAAAGCUCAAAUAUAUAUAAUGAUCGCAUAAUUAUGACGCACACCGAGCCUCAAUCAGAUCAGAGAUCGGUAUACAUUUCCGCAACGGCUCCCGAUACCCCUGAUAUCGUGAAAUCAUCACUGCCAAAAGAUGAUAGUCAAGUAAUCCUCAAGAAAUUCGGUCCUCCACAAAGACACCACUAUAUGCCUAACGCAUAUCAAAAUCCGUACAAUAAUAGUAUCAAAUCCCCGAGCACAGCCACUAAUACGUCAACGAGUAAGUACAUUUAUAAAAAGUCACAAGAGCCACAUAACAAAAUUGAACAAAAUCAGAACUGUUCAGAAACUAUGCCAGAAGAUUUUAUACCGCGUAAUAUAGUUUACAAUAAUGUUUACAACUUUACUUUAAUGUCAAAACGGCAAGAUAACGACAACAUUAUACCGAACAAUCAUUUGAGAUCAAUUAAGUUAAGGAAGUGCGAUUCAUGGAAUCAGAUACCGGAAUUAUCAAAUGCUCAUUGCAACGAGACGUCGGCCACAUUUAAAAGCAUCUCGACAAUCGAAUCGAAUGAAUUGAAACGUAGCAAGUCGGGACACAAUUUAGCGGCGCCGAAAAUGUUCGAAGCCGGUAUUAAUAAGGCUGAAAUUAGGGAGAAACAGAAAACAGUUGCGGCCUAUUUUUCAGGUCAAAAAUCUCCCACCUAUCAAGUGACCAACCAUGCUAACCAAGAGACGCAGGCAGUGCAAAUGCGAAAGUCAUCUGUAAAUCGAAAUAAGGCGAAUGAAAAAUUAACUGCCAAUCGGAAGUCAUAUGUAGCAAGCUCAUCAACCGCUUUUCCUAUUGGAUGUAGUGGUGGCGGUGCAUUAUCCCGUAGCGCUACAAUGCCGCAUAUCGCAAAUCUUAAUUUGCUAGAUGAAAGUAAUGUAGAGGAUGCCUUUGAGCAGCUGAUUAUGGGCUCAUGAAAAGCCGUUCAAUUUC